AUGAAGAUCGCCGUCAUUCUCGCCGUGGCCAUUGCUACUGUUGAAGCAGCAUGGCAAUGCCGGUGCGAAAGCCGCGAUAGUGUGAAGGCAGGCAUAAAUCAAAUCUGCCGCCAGCUCAACUCGAACUGGACCUCUAACGAGUGUUUCGCGGGAAUCUACGGGAGCUGCAAACUCUGCACAUAUAAUCCCGCCGGAGACUAUGACCGGGCCAGCAAGGAGCGGCUCGACUCUUGGUGCCGCUCGCAAUCUUAUGUUUCCAACAAUCUUGGAAGCGCCGACUUUUCGAUUCGGUGCUACAAGAAGUAA